AUGGCGAGUAUACGAAAGGAGUCGAGAGUGGAGAUGGAUCUGCUUCAGAGGUAUGAGCGACUUCAAGUGAUUCGUCGGCGACAAGUUCUGAGGUGGCAUCAGCAAGUGCGGAGAAGGAGGCAGUGGAAAAAUGGUGACGACGAAGAGAGGGAGAUGCAAAAAGACGGUAAAGAGAUGACUCCUCCGGACGAAGUAGCGUGGGGGCGAAGAAAAUACCAAAGGAACAGACGCCAAGCGAGGAAGGAAGGAGAGAAAAAGGAGACUGAGGAACCCCAAGAAAUGAGGCACCCCCAGAGCCCGUCCCAAACCUUGUGGGAAAACGGAAAAACCAAAGGGAAGGAAUACCACCCAUGGGAAAACAUAAGAAAGGAGAAGGAGACCCAUUUAUAUGAUGAAGUAAAUGGGAGAAAAAGGAAAAAAAUGGGGAGUAUAAACCAUCCCUGGGAGCGAAGACACAGCAACGGUAACAGAGUCGUAGUGGGACGCACAGUAAUAACGUCAGCAAUGAGUUACAACACAAGUAUGAACAAAUGGGGUGCUCCUCAUAUGCAGAAACAAACGAGCGGUGAAGGAGCGAUUCAUGGGGGGAUGUCUAUUUCGAGGGAACAAACCAAAUGCAGAGAGGUCACUGCUGAACACGAGAAGACACAAGAACAAGGAACAGAAUUUUAUUUACACAGGAACAAUUUGCAGAGGGAACGGAUACAGAUCGAUCAGUGGUCAGACCUGUGGAUGAAUGUAGGGGUAAACGUAACGAAAUUUACAAGGAGAGAUCACCUCCAAAGUAUGAGAGAAAAAGCGGCGAUGAUGCUGGAAAGGGGGGUAGAGAAGGAUAAGGAUGAGAAAAGUUACUACUCCAGUGAUACUGGAAAAGAAGUUGAAGCUAGGAAAGAAGAAAUUUCUAAAGAGAUCGACAAUGAACAGAAGAAAAUGCAACAAGAUAGAAGGACGAUGGAAGCAAAAAUGCUCAGCAGGAUUAACAGGAGGAAACAAAUAAUUGAGAAACUUAAAAUGAAACAUAAGAGAGCUAAACAGAACUAUUAUGAUAUUUCUAAGAGGAGAGAAGAAGCAUUCGUGAGAAGAAGUAGGAAGGCUCAUUUGUGGAUGCACCAAUGCUUCAAAAGUAUGGUGAGGGGGUAUAUUCCUUGGCAGUAUGACCUAUGGGGGCAGGACAUAUUGGCUCUUUAUGAGGCGCAGAAGAGGGACGAGCAGAAGGGGCCAAAACAGACGGAGCGGAAGAAGGAAGGGGAGGACACUGAUGGUGCCCAGAAUAAGAUGAGCAAUAAGAUGAUUACUCAAGGCGAAUGUGUCCAGGACAUGAUUGACGAGGAGGAAGGCAUUCGAGAUGCCUCCGCUAGGGUGACCCCUGGAGGGGGCGGGGCCCUCAAGGGGAAGCUUCUGCGGGAUGGGACCAUCAAAGGAAGGCAGAUGCGUCACGCAAUUGUCAAGGGGAAUUCGUUGCGUUAUUCUCCUGUUGGUGGUUUUCUUAACUAUCACACACCUGCUCGGGAGAAGCCCCUGCAUGAUGCGGCUGUCCAGAGUAAAUCGAUAGGUGAUGCAGCUGUCCAGGGCAAAUGGCUGUAUGGUGAACCUCUUCGAGGUACACCUAGCAGUGACACUCCUGUUUUGGGCAUGCAUAUGGCCCGUGCGGCAACCUUGGGGGAGCACUCGGACCAUAAGGCUACCCGCCAGGAGCUGUCCAAUGAUAAGGGCAUACAGCAUAAGGUGACGGAAAAAUCUGCCUCGCUCAAGAAGGCUUUAAAACACAUCGCACCCAUGGACACCGUGUCGUUGGGCACGGAUUCGCUACACAUCAGUUUGAAAGCCAGCUCUUUGCGAGAUGCAUCUGUAAAGGCCCCCUCAGUGAAACUCUCCUCAGCGAGUAUCCCCCCCCCGAGAAGCUCCUACUUUGAGACGCCUUCCCUAAUCACCUCCCCAUCAGACUUCGCAUCCCCCAAUGGUGUUGCCUCACACGGUGCACGGCUGGAGGAGAAACCGAGCGGUCCAGCUGAUACAAUCGGUGAAAAGAAAUAUAUCGAGAAGGGGGAAAGUGGUUCUCCUGAAUCUGGCCAGCUGCAAGAGAAGGGUGAAGUAGUGAGCAGCGUCCAUGUGGAGGAAGCAGUGGAGAGGGCAGCGGAUAUAGUAGGGGACGGAGCAGCGGAGGGGGACGCCUCACUGUUGGGAGAUUUCUCUUCUCAACAGGAUUACGAAAGAGAAAAGGACCACUCCUGCGGCAGAUCUCAAGGAGGAAGCGUCAUACCGAUUCCUAACAAUGUGAUAGCUGAUGAGAAGAAGGCGAGUGCGGUCGUUUCGAGCAAGCAUGCCGCGAAGAGCUGCACCAAGAAGAAUGUGGACGGUGGUGAUGGUGGUGAUCGGGACAAUGAUGAUGGCCGCGAUGGCGACGAUGGUGACGAUCGUAAAUCCCACGGUCGUCGCGCUAAGAACAAAGAAAGGAAAAAAAUCUCCCUGUUUGGUCAGGUCAAACCUGUGGACAUAAUCAAGCGAGGGGUAGACGGUUACCCAAUUUUACGUAACGAGCAGAAUUUAUUUGUGGAUGUCCUGAUCAUCGGUUCAGGGAUCUCCGGGCUGGCUGCCUCCUACUACUUAAACAAAUGCAGUGCAGAUAUAUUAGUCAUCGAAGGAAGGAAUCGAAUUGGAGGAAGAGCCUACUCCACGAUUCUUCCCCAGAGAGUAAUAAAUAACAACUUGCUCCCCGAGACGAUGGUUGAUUUAGGUGCCAAUUAUCUGCACUGUUGCGACAAUGCAGAUGUACCAAGGCAGAGUAAUGUGAAUUCAGAUCAGGGGGGUACAACACAGGAAGGGAAUAACUUCACAAAGGAGGAGACACUGUCCAUAGAGUCGGGGCUCUCCAUGGAUACCGAUAAAGGCAACGACAGGAAGAGUAAAAAAGGAAGAAAAAAAAAAUAUUAUAAGAGAAGUAACAAAAGGAUGAAAUUUAAAGUUCCACCUGAUGAGAAAAAGGAGCAGUCCGAUUUUGUGUCCCCCAGUGAGAUAGACAAAAUGGAGAAACGAUUAUCAAAUAAUGUCGACUUGUUCAAGCAGCAGUAUUCCCAGUUGAUAGCAAAUUUUGGGAAGAUUCCCCUGCACGGGAGGGCAAACCAGCAAAGCAGAGAUCACAUAGGGGAGAGGUACUCCCCCCAACAAAGUGGAAACCGGGUCGCGUGGAUAGGCGGCCACCGCCAAGGCGAGGACAACGAUGUGCAGCACUCAUACAGCGACGGCAACUAUUUCCAAGCGAGGAAACACAAAAAGGAAGAGAAAGAAAAAAUCAGAAAAAAUAUCCUCUUCAUGGUCAAGUACAACAUUGAUAAUAUCUGCCACCUGUACAGCUACAUAUACAAACAGAGGGGAUGGAAAAAAACGGAAAAGGAUUUAUUAAGCUUCUUAAAAGACAUGGAUGAAAAUAUAUGUCUGCAUACAUACCUGAGUGACAGCUGCGUCAGUAGUGAUGGGUGUUCUUCUUCUUCUUCCUCCCCCUUCUUCUUCUCCUCGUCCCCCCGUGGAGACACACAACGUCCAUUCGUUAAUGGGCCACAAAGCUUCUGCAAAAGUGAAAAUAAAAAAUUAAAAAUACUCUCCGUCAAUAAAGAUACAAGAAGGAGGAGAGCCUACGAUAAGUCCGUUACUCAACUGGCUACCAAAUUGAAACCGAAAAUCUCUUUGGUCUGUGGAAAGGACAACUGGGAAUCCACCUUCUACGCUUAUUGGUACAAUAACGAAAAUGGAAAAAAAAUUAAGAGCUUUAAAAUAUAUAGGAUGAAUUUACUGUGUGAUAAAAUUAGGGUUAGGGCUGCCAGGAAGAUUAAAACAUCCCUCUUCGUAAAUCAUAAUGGGGGAGAUAUCACUGUCGAUAAUUAUCCCUCCUUUGUGAACCUCCCAGGGGGAGGAUCCCAUCAUUUUGGAAAGGACAAAGAGUAUCACUUGGUCUCCGUGCAGGGUCCAAAAGGCACGCACGAUGGGGAUGAAGCAGACGGGAAGAAGAAGCUACCACAACUGCAGCAAUCGUGUGAACCGUACACUGUGGCGAAACAGAAUACCCCAGAAACGAGCAUCAAGAAGCACCCUCUCAGUACUCCCCCCGCGCAGGAACAAAGGGUGAAGCGAAUCAAGGUCACGGGAGACUCCCAAUCGAAGAAGAAAAUCACGUGCACGACAGAUGGAAUGCUGAACUACGACAAAGAUGCAGUCAUUUAUGAAAACUACUAUGACUACGGAGAGGAGUACUAUCGAAUUGUUAGGAAGCGAACUGAAGCAUUGGUGCACUCCCCUAAAAAAGACAUAAACAAAACAGUUCUCUUUAAGGAAGACAGCCAAAGGAGAAGCAUGUGGGAUCUAUUAAUCGAAUGCACAGAAGAGAUACUUAACGAAAUGGACAUACACCAGGACAACUUCUCCCUCGAGGAGUGGAAAAUAUUGAUGGUUAUGUUACAGUCGAGGUAUGGCUAUGGAAGUGAUUUAAGGGAGACAUCCAUAACGAUGUGUAGACUUCCAUCUUCCAGCUACAUGGAUAUUGACGUAUGUCCAAAGUAUGGCACCGAUGAGCAUAUUUCAAAAAAUUUAAAAUAUUACGAUAAGAUUAGAAAAUGUGAGCAGAUGCCUCAUGUGACCAGUUUUAAAGAUACAACUAGUGCCGAUCAGCUUGUCCUGGAUGGGUGGAAGUGGCUCAUCAAUUUUUUGUCUGAAGAUAUACAGAAUAGAAUUCUUCUCAACACAGUCGCCGAGGUCGUUCACAUAAAGGAGGAACGUACAUUUUGGGGUAGCCACUCCAAAUUUGUAAAUCAUCCUGCUGAUCAGGAGGGUGAUAAUCUCUUCAUUAACACACCGGGGAAGUUCCCUCCAGGUGGGGUUCCCGAGGCUGCGACGUCUACAAGAAACGCACCGCAAUGUGUAAGGGACUCCUCUGGGAACUACCUAUAUGGUGAUGCCCAUUCUGAGGGUGCAGCCCAGGAGGGGAAGAAGGGAAUGCACUUUUCCAACCAUACAUUGCCCACUGCGCACUUCAAAAGGAGUCACGAAACCAUCAGAGGGGGUGAGACCCACCAAGAUUUCGAACUGCUGCGAAAUUGCUGUCAUCCAGGGGAAAACAAAGAAAAUUACAACGUGAUGGUGCAGUGCAAAAGCUACGACACGUCGAAGAAACAAAUCAACAAACAUUUCCAUGGCACGUCGGAUCUCACCAAUUGCAACUAUGCCAAUGUGAACAUCUUUGCCAAGUAUGUCAUUGUAGCUUUACCCCUUGGAUGCUUAACAAAUAAUGAUAGGAAGAAAAAAAAGAAAAAAUCGUAUCUCCAGUUUGAACCCCAGUUACACUCACUCAAAAUUAAAGCAUUGAAUAACUACCGAAUGGGGAAUCACAACAAAAUAAUUUUACGAUUUUAUCCAUUCGAUUUUUCGUGGCCAUUUGAUAGCUUACAGCUAAACUGUAUUGAUCAGAAGUUUCAGUUCCUCAAUCUGCAUGCCUAUGGAAAAAUUGGCUGCAUUUUAGUGCACUGUUUCCCCCCUUGGUCAUGCACCUAUGGCUAUAUUAAAAAGGAACACUUCAUAGUAAACGAAUGUUUGCACACUUUGCAUAAGAUGUUCGAAAAUACUGGAAAGAAGCUACCCAUGCUGGUUGAUUAUUUAAUUACCAAAUGGCAGGAUGAUAAUUUUUCCUUUGGUUCGUAUGCCUAUCCGUAUGUUAACUGUACUGAUAAUGAUUUAAUUUACUUGAGAGCUCCGCACCCGAUUGAUAAUCCCAAGGUUGUCUUCUGUGGGGAGUACUUAUCUAAAAGCUAUUUCCAGUGUGUAGAUGGAGCUUACGACACAGGCAUACGGGCAGCUGAAGAUAUUGCACAUAUUGGAUUGAAGUUAAGAAGUAGCCAUACCAAGUGCUACAAUACGGAUGUUUUUUUCUUCCCAAAAGAUACCUGCCCCUUUAUCAACAUACCUUUGCCCAAGAUAAGAGAUAACUUACUUGGAUUUUACAUAACGGAUGGAAGUGAUGAAGCGCUCACUGAUUAUGAAAGUUCUUCGGAGGACGACGACGUGGCGAACAUUUCUAACAUUCCUUUGUCUCUCCUCAAGGAGGAACAUGACUUCUUGUCCUACUCGCUAAACGAAGUUCAUAAAUUUUUCGACCAUCUCAAGGGUGACGCUAUUUGCACAUCGGAUGAUGAGAAGCAAAGGGGAGAAAGUGCGACGGAGAAGCAUAGUACCGCAGAGGAGGGUGGCAUAGCUCUAGAGCAAACCGAUACAGAUAUUCUUCAGAAAAAAAUGGAUUCUUCCCCACCAGGGGAGGGCGGCUUCGCCGACGAGUUAACCCGCAAAUCGCUCCCAUCGGUGGGAGUCAACAUACCAAAGGAUUUACCCCUAAAAUGGCUAGUCUCCUGGGAAGCCAAUUUCACUCCAGGAAAUCACUUAACUAGUUCACGCCUCCCCCACGCACAUCUGCUAUACACACACGGAAGGAGCGAACACAGCACUUUUCUGAGUAACUACGACGAGUUCAGCUUAUACGUGGACAAAUACAUAAUCAAAAUGAACGACGUGAUUUUCCACAAUUACAACCAAACUGAAUUAAAUUCGAUAAAGGAAAAAAUCAUAUCGCCUGUUUUUUUGAAAUCGAAAUUUAUGCUCUCUCGAUAUUUAUCAUCCGUGUUGACCAAGUAUCACCACUUUAGACAUUUUAUCCAGAGGGAACUAUUUGCUAAAAUUGAAGCGGCGAAGGAUGUACUUAUGGACCAUUUCGAAUGGAGCAAUUUGCCAAGUGCUGAUUUGGCCUUCCCCUUUUUAAAAGAAAAAAUAACUGAUCAUCGAAAUGCACAAAUGAGUGAAGAAAAGAAGUGGGAAAGUGUAAAAAGUUGUAUUUCUCCCGAACAGACAAGCAGCUGGACGUCCUGUAACUAUAAACCACCAAUUGGUGGAGCAAAUGAUGAGAUUUUCCCCCACGCCAUAUCGCCUUACACUGGGGGGGGCACACCAAUUGGUCCGGACAGGCUGAACGGUUUAUGCCAGAAAGAAGAAAAAAUGACCCAAGGACAUGAAAUAGACGAAAAAAAUAUGAACAGUUCAGAAAAAAAAAGAGAAAAAGAAGAUGCACACAAACAGCUAGCUACAAUGAGAAAAGAGAAAAUAAAUCACAUGUAUGCUCAGAAUAGGAAAAUAAGCGAAGUGAACAUAUACUUGAAAUAUUUCUUAAGUCAAAAGUUCACAUCAGACAAAAGUAUAGAGGAAAAUAUCACCCACAUAAAUAAAUAUCAAAAAAUUAAGUUAAACUGUACAGGAUUUCUUUUUUUUUUUUGUUACCUUUUGAAAUAUAUAAUAAAAGAAACAAAAUAUGAUACUCACCACGAUUUUAUUGACUCGAGUGUGAUCAUUCAGCUGUUGUGCGACUACAUAUACCACUUGAUAUUUUACAAACACGACCUUUUGUGCUAUAAGUGCGUCAAUGGAGGGGAAUUAAUCAUGUGUGAUUUUUUUGGUUGCACUCACGGAUGGCAUUCCUACUGCUUAAGCUCGAAAGACCCAGCAGAGGAGAGGAAGCUGGAUCGUAAGUGGAUCUGUCCCAGCUGCCUCAGCACGAAGUUUUCCCAGAUUUUUAAGCGGGGCUUCUAUAACCAAAAUGAAAUCAUACAGAAUUACUGGAACAGAAGAGUUUACAUUUACAAAAUAAAGUUCUUUCUCUCGAGAACACGCCGGAUCAGGCGACGAUUAGACCUGUUGGAAGUGGAACUCUCCAAAAGGAUUAACUGA